AGAAUAGAGAAGGAAAUAGAGUUCAGACAGAAAAAUGGGCUGCAGGUUUUCUUGCAAAAGACUAUCUUCUUCUUCUUCAACCUCAAAAAAAUCGAACUUUAAAAAAGUAAUCAGAAUAGUAGAUUUGAAUGGCUACACUGAAGAAAUAGAUUAUCCAGUGACAGUUGGUGAAGUAACUGGCGAUCCACCAAAGCAUUUCUUGUUCACCCACACUCAGCUCCUUUCUUCUGCCUCAACUCCUCUCAAAUCGGAUACCCUUCUCGAGCAAGGCCGUUUAUACUUCUUGCUUCCUUAUUCUCUCUUCGAUUCCAACGUGUCACCGUUGGAUUUGGCCCCUAUAGCAAGGAAACUCUCCCAAAAUAGCCGCUCGAAAAAAUCCAAAUCAAGAAAGCAGAAUAUUCCUUCACCGAACGCCGUUUUUUCAGACAAGAGUGGUAAUAAAACGGACAACAACGAGGUGUUACGCGGGCCCAAGUCGAGAUCGUGGAAGCCCGUUUUGGCUACUAUCCGUGAGAGAUCGUUCAAUCGGAGAAGUGAAUCGGACUUGCUGGAAAUGUGAAGGGUGAUACCAAAGAGUAGCGCUUUUUUUUCUUUUCUUUUUUUUUUCCAAAUUUCUCAUGCAAAACAAGUUUGGUGUACGUCUUUAUUCAGUUUUUUUUUUUACAAGAAUUGUAACAUUUAAAUCAUG